CGGCUCUUCAGUCGAACGCACACCAGCACAUCCAAUUGGCAACAGGCAUACAUGGCCAUAAUGGACCGAACCAUGCCUUACCAUCUCGUCCAACAUCUGUUGGCAGCCUCGCUUGGCGUGGUAAGAGUACAUAAGACCCGAAGACCCAGGCACCAACACCUGCAAACCAGUCUUGUCAGUAUGCCAUGCAACAGUAUAGUUGUCCCGCUCUUUCGUUAGCCUGCAAAAGGCAGCAUAAGAAUGAACUCAACACCCGAUCGUUGAGUGCCAUACCCAUACCACUGUAACUAAAAAUGAACUCGGGCCAGUUGUGCGUGUGUGUGUGAGUGAGCAGCAAUGCCUAGGGUUCUUGAAAGCACCCUCGUAUCCGUACUCGUAUUCGUAUUCGUAUUAGCUGCCCUACUCGUACUCGUACCCGUACUCGCACUCGAACACUCUGCGCGCUCGAUACUCCGCUCGGAAAUGUCAUUUGUCAAUCACAGUGCGAGCGCAACGGUUGUCCGAUCCGAGAGCUAACUGCCAGUUCAGCGGAGAACAGUUAAGUUAGGACCUGCGAUACCGCCGAUUCAAGUUUCGAUUUAGCCAAGUUAAAUAAUCAAACAAAAAUUAAAGAAAAAUAAAGUAAACGUGUUGCCGCCGCAGUGUCUCAGUGUGCCAAAAGUGAAGUGCUAAAUAACCAAAAAUAUUUAAGCAAGAGAAACAGCCAGCGACAAAUAUCCAAAAUAAAUAAUGGAUAGCAUCAGCUCUGUGCCGUGGGCCAGUGCCGCCAGUGUCACCUGUCUCUCUUUGGACGCCAAAUGCCACAGUUCCAGCUCCAAAUCGAACUCGAGCUCCGUUUCCGCAACUCUAGAAUCGCAAACGAUGCGCCACAUUGCGCAUACGCAGCGUUGCAUCAGCAGGCUGACCUCGCUAAUGGCCCUUUUGCUGCUGGUCUUGCCAUUGAGUUUCACCCCGGCCCACAGCUGCGGUCCUGGCCGAGGACUGGGCCGUCAUAGGGCGCGCAACCUGUACCCGCUGGUCCUCAAGCAGACCAUUCCCAAUCUCUCCGAGUUAACGAACAGCGCCUCUGGCCCUAUGGAAGGCGAGAUCCGGCGGAAUUCGCCCAAAUUCAAGGACCUGGUGCCGAACUACAACAGGGACAUCCUCUUCCGCGACGAGGAGGGCACUGGAGCGGAUCGUUUCAUGAGCAAGCGCUGCAAGGAGAAGCUGAACGUGCUGGCCUACUCGGUGAUGAACGAGUGGCCCGGCGUCCGCCUGCUGGUCACCGAGAGCUGGGACGAGGAGUACCAGCACGGGCCGGAGUCGCUGCACUACGAGGGCCGGGCAGUGACCAUCGCCACCUCCGAUCGCGACCAGUCCAAGUACGGCAUGCUGGCCCGCCUGGCCGUGGAGGCCGGCUUCGACUGGGUCUCCUACGUCAGCCGGCGCCACAUCUACUGCUCCGUCAAGUCAGAUUCCUCGAUCAGUUCCCACGUGCACGGCUGCUUCACUCCGGAGAGCACUGCGUUGCUGGAGAGCGGAGUCCAGAAGCCGCUCGGCGUGCUCUCCAUCGGAGACCGAGUCCUGAGCAUGGCCGCCAACGGACAGGCCGUCUUCAGCGAGGUGAUCCUCUUCAUGGACCGCAACCUGGAGCAGAUGCAGAACUUCGUGCAGCUGCAUACGGACGGUGGCGCCGUGUUGACGGUGACGCCCGCGCAUCUGGUGAGCGUCUGGCAGCCGGAGCACCAGGAGCUCACCUUCGUCUUUGCCGAUCGCGUCGUGGAGAAGAACCAGGUGCUCGUCCGGGAUGCGGAGACGGGCGAACUGAGGCCCCAGCGCGUCGUCCGGGUGGGCAGUGUGCGCAGCAAGGGCGUGGUGGCGCCUCUGACCCGCGAAGGCACCAUUGUGGUGAACUCGGUGGCCGCCAGUUGCUAUGCGGUGAUCAACAGCCAGUCGCUGGCCCACUGGGGCCUGGCCCCCAUGCGCCUCCUGUCCACAAUGGAGGCGUGGCUGCCCGCCAAGGAGCAGCUGCACAGCUCGCCGAAGGUGGUGACCCAAGGGGAGCGGCAGAAUGGCAUCCACUGGUAUGCCAAUGCCCUCUACAAGGUCAAGGACUACGUGCUGCCGCAGAGCUGGCGCCACGAUUGAGGACCCUCUUGCCCACGAUCCUGUAUUGUAUUAUAUCCUGUAGUUAUGUAUAUGCCUAAUGAUUGAUGUAUUUCAAUGUUGAAUAUCGUUAAUGAUCGAUCGAUACUAUUUAUUUACCACAAACAACAAAACAAACACCCACAACAAACACCCCACCCAAGCGAUAAAGCAAAGAGCAAACGAAAAAGAGAAAGAGAAAGAAAUCAAUAACACUGUUAAAUGUCCUUGACUUAUUGUUUUUGCAAACAUUUUAGCUAUAAGUAGGCAAUCCUCGGCGCAGAUCCUUAAAUGAGAAGAAACGUACACACACCUUUUUUCAAUCGGCAAACUCCCGAAGAACACAGACGACUGUUACUGUAUAUUAUAAUGGAAUUGAAUUGCAUAAUUUAUUGAGGUGCGGCGGCGAGUUCAAAGCCAUUGGAUAUAAAUAUAUAGUACUUUGUAUAUAGAAGAAGCAUUAUAGUGACUGAAUACUUUAUUGUAAUUGUGUAUAUAAUACUUAUUAGUUAACUGCGUAUUUAUACUUAAUAUUUAAUGAAAUAUAAUGAAAUUGUUUGAUAAA